AUGGAGUGCAAGGCAAACAGAGACUACGAGCCUUUUUGGAAUCUGUUCUUCGAAGAUUGGGCUGCCAAGUUUCCAGAGAGAAGUGUUCUCUUUCCAGAUAUCCCACUAGAUGUGGUAUUAACUGUGGAACAAAAGCACAAGGAAAAUGAGGCAUGGACAUUAUGGCAACAGCGCCUUAUGGAAAAGCUGCACAAUCAUUUUAGUGGUUCAAAGGCAGGACGGAGAGCAAAUUCAACUCACAACACCACAAUCAAUAACAUGAUUAAUCAGAUAAUGAAGGGCUCAAAAGGCAAAUCAUCCCGUGCUUUGAAAGACUGGGAGAUGUAUGCACGCCUUCACUACAGUGACAAGGUCAGAGAUGUUGUCAAAGUCGAGGAAGAUAUCCUCAAGGACGACCCUGAUGCGAAGCCAGCAAAGAAGACAAACCUGUCCAUCAUCAGAGACCAGACAAAGCGGGCAUUUGCAGAGGAGUCUGAAGAUAUCAAGAAACAAGUUCGGGAAGCAGUAGAGGUGAUGAAGAGGAAAAAGCGUGCUGAAAUAGAGGAAAUCAAGCAAACGAACACAUCCCUAGAUAACACUGCCUACAUAUCCAAAAUCGGUGCUAUUCCCACCCAGUUCUUCGAGGAACUGCAUCAAAUGACAGGUUGGACAUUCUCAGUUUUGAUGGGUGGGCCAGAUCCUGUGGCUGGUGGAAUACUGGAUAUCAGCAGCUUUCACGUCAGGACGACAACGAUAGAAAACAGCGAGCAUUCCAUGACGGAGGCUGCUGCUUUGAGCAUGUCAAAUGGAUCCCUUCCAGAAGAUACACCUUGUUUGGCCCCCAAUCCCACCAUAUCUCCUUCCCCGCUUCCAGAAGACGAAACUUCAUCACAGUUGGCCCCGAAUUCCACUGUAUCCCUGCCACUGGACAACUUUGUACCCUCUACGAUUCCAAACGGACACAUCUCUACCAAUCCUCCUCAUGACUUCAGCAACAUGCUUAACACCAAUGACUUUUUCUCAACUAUCCAUCUGGAAAAAAUUUCGGACCACACACUUCCUGAUUUGCCACCCUUGGAAGAUAACACAGAUGAUUUUGACCCUCUGCUCCCCAUCCUGCCCAUGCCGCCACAGCUACAAAUGAAUACUGCCAAUGUUGAACCCUUGACAACUGGUGAUGGUCAGUCAUCGUCUCUCCUGAAGCUUCUCCUGGACCGCAUUGGAGACAAAGACAUACCACCUCCUGAUGCACCACAGCCUGCAUUAACAGUCGCCUUGCCUCAUCUGCACAAUUACGACUUCUCUCCCGUUGUGCACGGAAAUGAUGGGCCGAAUACUGCCGAAGGUCUCACUGUGGAAGGCGGCAGUGAUUCAUUGCCUCUGGCUGGUCAGGUUGCCCCCACUCAUUCCUCACAGUGUUAUGUGACAUCCCCUACUCUCCCCCAGUGUGCACAAGGUGGGAAACACAUGCAACACAGCAAGAUCUCUAAUUCAGCCAUAGACAGCGGCAGCAUUGAAGAACAUACCAGCUGUGGAAAAAGACAGUGCUUCCAGUUCAAGCGAGCUGAAGAGGCCAACAACAUUGGCACUGUGGCAACAGUAGGCUCACGCAGGGUGGUACAGAAGUAA